CUCUUAUUUAAAAUCACAUCCUCCUCCUACCAUCCCAAACCACAGACAUAAACCCUCUAACCUCUUCCAUCUCCCUCUCUUCUCCAAAAAUGGGUGCUUCAGGGAAUUGGCUCAAAUCACUAAUCACUCUAAAAAAUCCCCUAACAACGACAGACCAGAGGGAUAACAAGGGAAACAAGAAGAAAUGGAGGCUAUGGAGGAGCCCGUCAGAAGGGUAUAUACAAACGUCAAUCAAGGGCUCGAAAAGGGUCCAUGUGGCUUCGUCAGAAUCGUCUGAUUCUUCCCUUGUAGCCGAUGAUGCGUUCACUGCUGCCAUGGCUACUGUUGCCAGAGCUCCACCUAGAGAUUUCAUGAUGGUUAAGCAAGAAUGGGCCGCUAUUCGGAUCCAAACUGCUUUUCGAGGCUUAUUGGCAAGAAGGGCUACGAGGGCUUUGAAAGCAGUAGUGAGGCUUCAAGCUAUAUUUCGUGGUCGGAAAGUCCGAAAGCAAGCUGCUGUGACACUGAGGUGUAUGCAAGCUCUUGUUCGGGUUCAGGCUCGAGUAAGGGCUCAAACUGUGAGCAUGGCUGAAGCUCAAGCUACACAGAACGUGUUGAAUGAGUGCAUGUGCCAAGCUGAUCCCAUCAAGCAGGCGGAGAAACGAUGGUGUGAUAGUCCAGGAACAGUGGAUAAGGUCAAGAAAAAGUUACAAAUGAGAACAGAAGGAGCCAUUAAGAGGGAGAGAGCAAUUGCAUACUCCCUCUCUCAACAGAAAUCAAGAUCUAAUUGUGCAAGCCCAUGUAGAAGAACAAGCAAGUCAGCAUUGUCUCUCAAGAAUCAGUCAUUGAAUAACAGCAGCCCUGGAUGGAGCUGGCUGGAACGUUGGAUGGCAACCAAGCCAUGGGAAGAUAGACUGGUGGAGGAAUUUCAUACCAAAUCAUCAGAGAUUCCGUUUUCCAGGAAAAGCGAAGAUAAUAUUGCCAGCUUCUAUUUCUCUAAACACGACUCAGAAAAAGUGAGAAGAAACAAUGUUGCAACCGGAAUUCUUGCUAAACCUCCUAUUGUCAAUCAUGUUACUCGCUCCUCUUCAACACCAAGCUCUGAAUCCCUAUACAACGAGAGCUCGUUAUCAACUGCAUCUACAUCUCCCUCACCAAUACCAAUUUUGAACGACAUGUUAGUGGAAGAAGGGAGUUAUAACCAAAAACCUGCUUACAUGAAUCUAACCGAGUCAACUAAGCUUAAGCAAAAAAACAGCAGGCAUUCUUCUCAAAACAUCCAGAGGCAGAUGAUGGACGAUAAGUUUCUUAUGAAGUCAAUGGAACUUUUGGAUGAAGACUCUAAGAGCAGUGCUGAUUCCAACCCUUCAUUUCAUUUGUCAAGGGAUCUUUACCCACCAUUGCCUUUGGGUAGACAUGAUGAGAUAAGAAAUCGACGAUUCUAAGGGAGAUCAAACAUGGCUGCUUGUUGAUCAAGUACUUGUGUGUUUUAGUAAAGUUCAGGAGUUUAAUUUUGAGCUCAACUGCUUGUUGUCCUUAACGAUUCUGAAGCCAUUCAUGUGACAUAGAGAUUCACAUCAAAGGAUUUCUACCAGUACCGGUUGUGGUAUAUGUAGCUGAGGUGUAGAUGUUUGGAAUGAUUAUGGCAUAUGAUAGAAAGAAACUACUUUCUUAGCAAACUGGCUUCCGAAGUAACCACAGCCCCUUGGUCCUGCAUGGUUUGGUGCUGUAUAAACCUGAAUCAUCAUGCCAGGGUUCAAGCUUUGGUAGCAGCAGAGGCACCUCCAAAGCAAACUAUACUCCAAGAAGCCAGAGGUUUCUGAGAAAGCUGUAAAAAUAUGGAUUAUGAAGUAUGUAAAGUCACAUUGUCACUGAUUAGAAUUGAAUUCUUAACUAAUAUGCUUGUAA